AUGUUUCUUCUUGUCAUUCUUUAUAGACUAUCUACAGCAUUAAUAGAAUUGGGAUCAGUGUCAUUUAAAGAUGUGACUGUGGAUUUCACAGAGGAGGAAUGGCAGCACCUGGAUCCUGCUCAGAAGACUCUAUACAUGGAUGUGAUGUUGGAAAAUUAUUGCCACCUCAUUUCUGUGGGCUGUCACAUGACCAAGCCUGAUGUGAUCCUCAAGUUGGAACGAGGAGAAGAGCCAUGGACACCAUUGACAAGUCACACCUGCUUAGAAAAAAACUGGAAGGCUGAAGACUUUUUAGUGAAACUCAAAGAAUGCCAAGAUAAGCAUUCUAGAUCAGUUGUAUUCAUAAGUCCCAAAAAACUGAUUAAGGAAAACAAUAAUGCAUGUGACAGGACAUUUACUUUAAGCAAAAACCCUAUAAAUUCAAAAAAUCUAAUUCCCGAAUAUGAAAGUCAUGGAAAGAUUUUUAAAAAUGUAUCAGAAUUAAUCAUCGGUAAUCUAAGUCCUACAAGAAAGAGGCAUAAUGAGUAUUAUGGAUAUGAGAAAUCACUCUUCAAUACUAAACCAGAGAUAGCUCACCAUGGAGUCAAAUCCCAUAAUCAACAUGGUAGAGGUAUCAGUCAUAAUGAAGUGCUGAUGCAAUAUCAUAAGAUGGAAACUCAACUACAAUCAUUUGGAUGUAAUGACUGUGAGAAAUUAUUGCUUAAAAAAGGUUUACUUACACAUCACAGAGCUUACAGAAAUGAAAACCCAUCUGAGUAUAAUAAAAGGAGAAGAGCAACCAAUACUGAAAAAAAACAUAUAUGCACUGAAUGUGGGAAGUCCUUCUGCAGGAAGUCAGUAUUGAUUCUGCAUCAGGGAAUUCACACAGAGGAAAAACCUUAUCAAUGCCAUCAAUGUGGAAAUUCAUUUAGAAGGAAAUCAUAUCUCAUUGAUCAUCAAAGAACUCACACAGGAGAGAAACCCUUUGUUUGUAAUGAAUGUGGUAAGUCCUUCCGUCUAAAGACAGCCCUCACUGAUCAUCAGAGAACACAUACAGGGGAGAAGUCAUAUGAAUGUUCACAGUGUAAGAAUGCCUUCAGAUUGAAGUCACACCUUAUUCGUCAUCAGAGAACUCAUACAGGAGAAAAACCAUAUGAGUGUAAUGACUGUGGAAAGUCUUUCCGCCAGAAGACAACGCUCUCUCUACAUCAGAGAAUUCAUACAGGAGAAAAGCCCUAUAUUUGUAUAGAAUGUGGGAAGUCCUUUCACCAGAAGGCAAAUCUUACUGUACAUCAAAGAACUCAUACAGGGGAAAAGCCCUAUAUUUGUAAUGAAUGUGGGAAGUCCUUCUCCCAGAAGACAACCCUUGCUCUUCAUGAGAAAACUCAUAAUCAGGAGAAACCCUAUAUUUGUAAUGAAUGUGGUAAGUCCUUCCGCCAGAAGACAACCCUUGUAGCGCAUCAGAGAACACAUACUGGGGAAAAAUCUUAUGAAUGUCCUCACUGUGGGAAGGCCUUUAGAAUGAAGUCAUACCUCAUUGAUCAUCACAGAACUCACACAGGAGAGAAACCAUAUGAAUGUAAUGAAUGUGGAAAAUCCUUCAGUCAGAAGACAAAUCUCAAUCUACAUCAGAGAAUUCAUACAGGUGAAAAACCGUAUAUUUGUAAUGAAUGUGGGAAGUCCUUUCGCCAGAAAGCAACCCUCACUGUACAUCAGAAAAUACACACAGGUCAGAAAUCCUAUGAAUGUUCUCAGUGUGGGAAGGCCUUUAGCAGGAAGUCAUAUCUCAUUCAUCAUCAAAGAACUCAUACCGGAGAGAAACCAUACAAAUGUAAUGAAUGUGGGAAGUGCUUCCGCCAGAAGACAAAUCUCAUUGUACAUCAGAGAACCCACACAGGAGAGAAACCCUAUAUUUGUAAUGAGUGUGAUAAAUCCUUCAGUUAUAAGAGAAACCUCAUUGUCCAUCAAAGAACUCACAAGGGAGAAAACAUGGAGAUGCAAUAA